AUGUCAUUAGCCAGGCUUCAGUUCAGUUCGAGCUCGAUUAUGGCCGGGAAAAGAGUGGAGAGCUGGUCGCGAUUCGUGCUCCUGUGGCUCUAUCAUUGGGCCCGCGGUCUUUCGCUGCUCUCCUCCAAUCUGGACCGGGAGAAACUGCAGCUGAAGCCGCAAAAAAAGGGCAGCAGCAAUCGGAUCCUGAGUAUCCUGUGGCGCUGCUUUGUGGUUAUCAUCUACUCGGGAGUAUGGCCAAUGAUAUCCUCGCCCAUUAUGGGCAAACGAAUGGAGAGCUAUGCGGAUCUCUUUGCUUUCGUUCAAGCCAGCUCGGUGUCCGUGUUGGCCAUCAUAUCCUUUAUAAUCCAGGCGAAGGGGGAGAGCAAGUUCCAAAAGGUGUUGAAUAGAUAUUUAUCCCUCUACCAGAGGAUAUGCUCCACCACCCGUUUGGAGCACCUGUUCCCAACAAAAUUUCUGGUUUUGUUUAUGCUAAAGUUAUUUCUCACAUUAUGCGGCGCUGCUCACGAAUUAAUACCUUUCUUGAAAGCCGAAAACUUUAAUGGACCCUUAGAAAUUGUGGCUGUAGUUUUUUCCAUCUACAUGUGGCUUGGAACGCUCUUUGUCCUGGACAUCUGCUUCCUGGGAUUCCUGGUCUCCGGAAUCCUGUACGAGCACAUGGCCGCCAAUAUCCUGGCCAUGCUGCACCGGAUGGAGCCCAUCGAAAGCCAGGAGGAAGGAACUCGCAUGAGUCACUAUCGCAGGAUGCGACUCCUGUGCGACUUUGCCGACGAGUUGGACGAGUGCGCCGCCAUCUACAGUGAACUCUACGAAGUGACGGUCGCCUUCCGCAGGAUGUUGCAGUGGCAGAUCCUCUUCUACGUCUACUACAACUUCAUAGACAUCUGCCUGAUGCUCUACAAGUUUAUUCUGCGCUAUCUGAGCGACACUGAAGUGUGGUUGCUGGCUUUGGCCUUGGCUUUUGUUAAGUUGGCCAAUCUGGUCUUGCUAAUGAUGUGUGCGGAUUACGCGGUGAAGGAGUCGCAAGUUCCAAAGAAGUUGCCCCUGGACAUAGUUUGCAGUGAUAUGGAUCAGCGUUGGGAUAAGAGUGUGGAAACAUUCAUAGCUCAACUGCAAACGCAACGUCUGGAGAUCAAAGUAUUGGGAUUUUUCCAACUGAACAACGAGUUUAUCCUCGUAAUCCUAUCUGCCAUUAUAUCGUAUAUGUUCAUACUCAUUCAGUUUGGCAUUACAGGUGGCUUUGAGGCUUCAGAUGAAAUCAAAAAUCAGUUUGAUUAA